AAAACAAAAUGGAGGCGUAUAAUAUUUUUGUUUGGCAUAGAAUAUAAAAAAUCCGUAUCCGUGUGUGCAAGAAACGCCGUAAACAAACGCCGUAAAAGCGGUCAAGACGAAGCGUGCUCGCGGUCAUUGGCAAGGAAUCAGGAUCCGCUGCAAGGGAGCCGAUUGUCGCCAUAUCGUUGGAAAGGCCAAAAACCCGGAGGAGUUCCGAAUUUGCCACUUCUUUUUAGUUGGUUCCCCCCGGGAAACCGCUAAUUGGAUUGGACUGGAAAGAGUGAGAGGGAGGGAGUGGGAGAGGGAGAGGGAGAGAGAUAGGUGGACCCAGAGAGGACGCCGCGAUGGCCACCACCCAGCAAUAUUCGCUGCGGUGGAACAACUACCUGCGCCACCUCACUUACUCCUUGGACAACCACCGGCUGAACGACGACUUCGUGGAUGUCAGCCUCUGCGUGGACGGGCGAAGGAUCAAGGCCCACAAGGUCGUCCUCUCGUCUUGCUCGUCGUACUUCAAGGAGAUCUUCAAGGAGAACCCCCAUCCGCACCCAGUCAUUAUCUUUAAGUUCAUCAAGUUUGAAGAUCUCAACUCGAUCAUCGAGUUCAUGUACCAGGGCGAAGUCAAUGUGCAGCAGGAGGCGUUGCAGUCGUUUCUGCAGACCGCCGAACUACUGGCCGUCCAGGGACUCACCGCCGAGGAGAAGGAGAAGCCACAGCUCCCAGUGGCGCCGCUGAUCAGCGAGCACAAGCUGAUCAAGACCAUACCGAGCACCAUUCGAGCGGUCAACGAGCAGCAGCAGCAGGUGGCCAAUGUGGCCCAGGCGCAGACCGCCACGCAAACCAUCGAAAUACCCACGGCCACGUUGCUGCAGGCAACCACCGCCAGCCAGGUGCAAUCGCAGGUUGUUGCUGCCGCCGCAGCAGCGGCACAGCAACUGCAGGUCCAACAACAGCAGCAGCAUCACCAUGUACAAACCACCCAGAUCCAGCACAUCCAAGUGCAAUCUGCACCGCCCCCGCAGCAGCAACAACAGCAGCAGCAACAGCAGCAAUCCCAGCAGCAACAGACGACGCCCGUGCAGACGCAACACCUAACCAUCACCAAUGCGGUGGCCCUGCCGGCGGCCAGUUCGGUCAAGAAACGCAAGUUAACCUUCUCCGACGACGACGACAACAUCUACACCACCGAAACAGUUGACUAUGCCGUUAAGGAUGAGCAGACCAUAGUGAAAACUGCCGAGAUGACUUUCCUGCGCGGCGCUGUCAAGAUGGACAUACCUGACUACAUUGUGGGCGAGGUGGAUGACCGUCUGUCGGAUGGAGCCACGCCACAAACGUCGCAGGACGCCACCACCGGAGCAGCCCAGAAUGUGGCCCAGUAUUCAUCCGAGUACGAGAUACUCACCGAGUCCGAAAUGGAAGAGAAGUACCAGGCGGAUGCGGACAACGCCGAAAUAGCCAUUGAAAUGACCCGAUUGCUAAGCAACGCCAGCGGGACGGCGGGUGCGAAUUCCGGCCAGGUGAUGGAGGAUGCGGGUGGCGGCGGCGCGUCGACGGGUCCCUCGACUACGGUGUCUGUGACGCCGGUCAAACAAUCGGACAACAAGGCCAGCGGGACGAAUGAUUCGCCCAAUAAUAAGUGGACAGAAUGUCAGUUUUGCAAAAUGGUUAUAACCACGGUUAAUCUUUGGAGACAUAUUCGCACCCAACACACCCCACAACCGCCGCGCAAGUGCGACCUGUGCAAUAAGAAUUUCAAGAACAAGUACAGCCUGCGGGAGCACAUACGCAUCUCCCACGAGCAGAAGGUGUCCAUCAAGACGGAGAACUGAUGCGUGUUCAUUAGCCUCGGCCGUUUAAAGGCCGGAUCGAAGGGACACAUGGAUAACGCAGAGAGAUAUAGUUAAUUACGUCCAGCUUAGCGAGAAGCCAACCAACCAACCAGCCAGCCAACCAACCCAUUCCCCCGUGUUCCCAUUCAGGGCCCCCAAAAACUAGCCAAAAUUGUCAACUCAAAUGCAAAGCAGAAACAAUUACGGAGAGUUAUACUUAGCGUACAUUGGGCGUCCAAAUAGCCCUCGAUGUUUACCUUACCCCUUAUAUAGUUCUAUAUAUAUAACCCUAGAAUAGCGUCUAAGUCAAAUCAGUCAGUCAGUCGGAGAGUGGAGCUGGUAAUCCCGUCGUUGACCAAGCCAUUUCAUGUGUCCACGUAAUUUGUACAUGUACCACUUGUAUUUUUAGUCCACCACUUGCUUUAGAUACUUCCCUAUUAUAGAGAUGGCAAAGUACAAGCCCUUAAAAUUCAUUGACACAUUAUGUAUAUAUUCACAAAUUCACACACCCGAAAACACAAGAAUCUUUAAAGAUUGAAGGGCACAUAGGGUGCUUAAUAGCUCAGAUAGAGUGAUACCAUAAAAAAAAAGAACAGAUUUCAAGGAAUCAAGUUGAUUCUAUAAUAUUUAAGUUAAAUGUUAGCCAUCAAAUUAUCACUUUAUUUUAGCUCUUAAACAGCCAAAAUAGUUUUGGUGCCCAAAAUGUAUUACUUUCUUAAAACUCUGAAAUCAUUCAGUUUUGUAUAUAGAGCUAGGCGACUUAACAUACUUAUAGACACCCCCUAAACCUAUGCUUAAAUAUCUAGAGAUUUCUGUGGCAGCGCCAGAAGAGAUUCUUUGCCUAAUUUAAAUCCCGAUCAAGCUCUGUACUUUGCUCAGAUAAAAGAAAUACCCCCUUGUGUACAAAUUUAAAUACGAUAAUGAUAAAAAAAAAUCCAAUUACCCAGCGCGCUUUUUGGCCAUCUGUGUUCAGCAUUAGAGCGUUGGCAGUUAAUUGUAAAUUAGCUAAAUUAGUUUUAGUUUAGUUUAAGCCCCACAAAUUCGAUCAGACAUAGUUUAGUUUUUUUGGUAUAAAACUUAGUUGAGUAGCCCACACGAGCCAAGUGAAAACGGAAGUCAUAGCGUGUACGCUAGGAUUAGGUAAAAGUAUUUUCCAAAAACAAAAAACAAAAAAAUAACAAAACAAAACCUGUAGAAAUCCUCUCUAAGACAAACUCAAACCCCAUACACGGAUACAUACUAAAGAUAAUCUAGUUAAAUGAAACAACUCAUACGUAUUACUUAUCGAUCCACAUAUUGAUCUAUGUAAACACAUAUAGUUAAUGUUAUAUCUCUAUAUGCCCAAUGUUUCGUAUUGUAUCAGUUUCGCCCUCGGCCGUAAUAGAAGACAAACGCCCACCCACCCAUUAUAAUCCCCAUUUUUGCUUAGGAUCUCAGAGAAAGGAGAAUUUAUCAACGAAAAGAUUGGAUUACGGCCGGAGUGGGAUUACUGAUCAGUUCGGGCACUUGGGCAUCACAUAGUCCGGAUGGUCCAGCCUCUCAGACUAUAGCGAUAGUUAUCGGAGAUUCCAAUUCCACCCCAAAAACACUAAACCUAAGCAAUGUGUAUGUAGAUUGAUUUAUACACAUCAACGAAAUGAAACUAAAUUAAUCAAUUUAAUUCGUUUUGCUAGAUACAGAAAAAAGAAAGAGACAGCUACAAAGAGAGCGAAAGAGAGAGGAAGAAAAAAAAAUAAAAGAAUACAUGUAAACCAUUCAAAUGUUUCCCUUAUUUCUUAGUGGGUGUUAUUGAAAAAUUGGGUUUUAGUCUUGUUUAAAA